CCCGGCCCGCAUGGCACGGCUGUUCCGAGCUCACGGCACGGGGGGUGGCGGCGAUCCGGGGGUGCUGAUGUAACGUGGAGCUUGUUCUUCCCCUGUGCUGCAGGCAGCUGUGCAAUACCGAGAUGUCCUCCCUGACGGACGGCUCUGCUGUCAGCGCCUCGGAGCAGGAGGCUCUGGUUAAACCAAAGCCACUGUUGCUGAAGCUGUUGAAGUUAGCUGGUGCAGAAAAAGACACGUUUACUAUGAAGGAGGUAAUAUUCUAUCUUGGACAAUAUAUUAUGUCUAAACAAUUAUACGAUCAAAAAGAGCAACAUAUUGUGCACUGUGCAAAUGAUCUUCUUGGGGAUUUAUUUGGAGUAACAAGCUUUUCAGUAAAAGAACACAGGAGAAUAUAUUCCAUGAUUUCCAGAAAUCUGAUAGCAGUCAAUCAACAAGAUUCUACACUUGCUGAUCCACCUCAGGAUGACACCAGAUUUCAGCUUGAAAAAGAAAAUGUUCUAAAGGAAUCCAUACCAGAAUCAGAAGAAAAGCAGACUUCAUCAAACGUGACUUCCCAGCCAACCACAUCUUCUAGGAGGAGGACACACAGUGAAUCUGAAGAAAAUUCUUCAGAUGAUGGGCACAGCGACAGAAGAAAACGUCAUAAGUCAGACAGCAUCUCGUUGACCUUUGAUGAGAGUCUCUCCUGGUGUGUAGUCAGCGGGCUGUGCCGGGACAGAAGCAAUAGCAGCGACUCCACAGAUUCUGUCUCCAUUCCGGAUCUUGAGGCCAGUUCGUUAAGUGAAAACUCUGAUUGGUUUGACCACGGUUCUGUUUCAGACCAGUUCAGUGUAGAGUUUGAAGUUGAAUCUAUUUAUUCAGAAGACUAUAGCCAUAAUGAAGAGGGACAGGAGCUCACAGAUGAAGAUGAUGAGGUCUAUCAGCUGACUAUAUAUGAAGAUGAAGAUAGUGAUUCUGAUUCGUUCAAUGAAGAUCCAGAGAUUUCUCUAGCCGACUAUUGGAAGUGCCCUAAAUGUAGCGAAAUGAAUCCUCCGCUCCCGCGACAUUGCCACCGAUGUUGGGCCCUCCGUGAGGACUGGCUUCCUGAUGAGAAGAGCGAUAAAUUGGUGAAUAGCAAAUUAGAAGGUUCUUUCCACCUGGAAUCUGACAAAGGUUUUGAUGUUCCUGACUGUAAGAAAGUGAAAAUGAAUGAAGAUAAAGAACCGGCUGUGGAGGAGAAUGAAGAUAAAACAGCCCAGAUACCUGAAUCCCAGGAAAGUGAAGAUUAUUCUCAGCCAUCUACAUCUAGUAGCGUGUUUUGCAGCAGUCAGGAGGACUUUAGGGAACCUGAGAAGAAAGAAAUGAAAGACAAAGAGGAAGGUAUGGAGUCCAGUCUGCCUGUUAGCAGCAUAGAGCCCUGUGUUAUAUGCCAGAGCAGGCCGAAAAAUGGCUGCAUAGUACACGGCAAGACAGGACAUCUCAUGUCAUGCUUUACGUGCGCAAGAAAACUGAAGAAGAGGAACAAACCAUGUCCGGUGUGCAGGCAGCCCAUACAAAUGAUUGUACUAACUUAUUUUGGCUAGGGUGAUGGAAAGCAACUAAAAGUACUCAUAAACUGGUACAGCAAAUAAGAGAGAAAGAAAUUAUUUUUAUAUGCUUAUUGCAGGUUAAUAUUUUGGGUGUCUUAACGUUUGGUAUGAAAAGUCAUUGCUGAAGUAAACGCACUGGAAUUGUUAAGGAUAGCCUGAUAUUUGCUAGUUAAUUUAACACGGAACGUUUUAAAUCUCUCUCAGUAGAAGUAACCGAUUCUUGUUGGUCAGUGUUUGACUUUCCAGGUGUUUUACUGUACAAAAAAGCAAUGUUUCAAUUACAGUAUUGAGUACAAAUAUUGUAAGCCCUUGUUCAGGGAUGAUCAGAGAAGGGAUGUUCUGAAGAGUUCAUUUAAAGUCAGUUAAGAAGAAAGAAGAUUGCAUUCCACAGUGUGUUGCCUAGUGAAAGCACCAGGCAGAAUCAGAACCAUCUGAGUAAGGCAAUAAAAGAACAAAAUAGAGCCUUGUUUCCCUCACUCCCAAAAAAAUUAAAUCCUUUUAAGAGGGAAAUCUUUUGGAUGUUUGUUGGGAAACCAGGGGAGUUGUGGUGGAAAGUAACAUUCAAGAUCUGGGAAAUUGAAGAGAGUACGGUGUCUUUAGUUUUUAUAAUGUACUUUGUGAACUCCGGGGCUGUAUGAGUACGCUGUGAGGAGUCUCUGACCAGUUCCAGUUCUAGGUUACCUCUUAAAUAUCCUGAGAAAGACUUUUAAAACAUGGUGUGGAUGUGGUGGUCUGUACUGCCCUUAUUACUUUAGCAGAGCGUGAAAGAUGUGAACAGGAGAAAGAAACAAAGAACUUAGAGUUAAAAAGCAAGGCAAACUGGCAACAAUAGGGGAUGUUUAUAGGUUGGUUUUUUCUGGACUUAUGUAAAAAUAGUAAGAAAAAAAGUCCACCUCCACCUGCAGAGACAGAGAAGCUUGUGUCUUUUUCCUUUACACAGUUCUUCACAUUCAGCAGCCUUUCCAACUUUUGCCAUUCUCUUUUUCUUCUCUACCACAAGAACUUUGAAAACCUGCUGCAAAGGUUUUUGGCUAAAUGAGAGUUUGUCUCAGUUGGAUCCGUCCGUCCUUCGUUUAGCUCUUAUUUCCUCACUGUGCUUCCACAAAACCCUCGUGAAAUGUAUCUGUUCCUUUAUGAAGAAAUCUGCUCAUUGACUUAGGUCUGUGAUGCAUUCAAAGGAGGUAACGUGAGUAUAUCUUUGUAAGCUAAAGUGGUCUAAAAAUGUAGUUAGGUUUCUCAUCUGACCUGUUCUUCAGGCGGAGAGUUCCCGCACAAGUGGCUUCUAUCUGUUCCUUGGGAUGACCAGACUCCGAAGGGAUUUGGGUGUUCUCAGUUCAUUAAUUUGGCACAUAGUCACAGUUCAACUGUCCUGCAGGGGCCAACAAAUAGUCUUAGAGUCAGGAGAGCUCCAGGAGUGGAAAUGAGAUCUAAAUGCAGAAGUUGUGCUGUGUUUUACCAUCCCACAACCCUCAGGGAAGUGGCUUCCUUACCUUUGCAGCGCCAGUGCAAAACUGCCUCUGUGCCAGCUCAAAGACCUGAGGUGUUAAAAUCACUUUAACAUCAGAGCUGAAAUAUUGAUUCCAGUAUAAAUGCCUGGAAACCAGGACUGGAAACACCAGGAAUACAGGGAAGUACCUUUCAUUUUCCUAUGUGCUUCCUUGUGGAAAGUAAAAAAUGUACAGCAGAAACUUGGUAAACUCGUGUGACUGCAAAAAAAUUCCUAGAGUACCUGUGUUGGUGAUAAAGUUUGUUUGUACAUUUGAGCUACAUGUUGAAAGCUACUGCUAAAAGGCAUCGGUAUCUUUGAAGCUUCACCACUGUUCAUUUUUACUAAACAAAACAGAAAACUCACUUGUAUGUUCCUUUAAAUAAAGAAUUGCUGUAGGUGCAGAUCCUGCCUCCAUUAACACUGCUUCCUCUUCAUUUCCCUGCAUUUGUAUUUGAUAAAUGGAAGCACAGCGAAUCUUGCAGACACCGUUAACUGCUGCUGCAGAUCAGAACUGAUCCUAUUGGUCUGCAAUGUGCAGCUGGCUGAGAAUCCCCAACUUGUGUAGUUGGGAAGCACUGAUUAAAUGGGGAGUGUCCUUAAGGGACACUGCGAUGGAUGAAUUCUUAAUGUCUUUUUCAAUUUGAUCCCUUCUCUGCAGUCACUGUUUGCUGUGGAACUCCCAGCUGUGGGGAGCAGCUGUUACUAACCCAGUUUCUGCUGGGACAAAUUUGCCAUCCUGCUCUGGGCAUUCAUUUCCAGCUCCCUUGUGUGAUCUCCAUAUUGUAGGAGGAAGAAAAAAAUCAGCUCUUAAAAAUGGCUGACUAGUCACAGCAGUGCUGUUGCUGUUUGCAAGCACUCAGCUUUGGGGUUUUCCUUCAGAAACAAUUUCACCUCCUAUUAAAUCUGAGUUGGCAAAAGGUAAAACAGGCAUAUACAGCACAGCUGACUUUGUGACCUCAAGUUUUACUUCCUUAGCACAUGUUCUGUGGAGAGCAGCCCUGGGAACACUCACUGCUCCACACAGCACCAAGGAGGUGGGUAAUUUGGGGGCCUGCAUCCUUGGCCAUGUUACUUUCUUAAAUUUUUAUUGUGAAUUCUGUUUUCUGGCUUAAUGUUCCUUUUACCAGCCAGUGAGGUUUGUUGUUUGCUAGUUGUUGUCUUCUGCAUUCUUUUUUAAAAGCGUGCCUUACAGAUAAUAAGGGAGCAGGGUGAUCUGCCUUGUUUCCUAUUGGAGACAUGUGCAGGGCAGAGCAGUAACCAGCUGAGAACAGUGUUUGGUCUGACAUGCUGGAGCCUUUGGCUUUAUCACCAUGCAGUCACCAUGCACUGUGCUCUGCAGUGCUGGCUGGAAGCUUCCACUGCUCUUCUCUGUGGCAGAUAACCAUUGCCCGUCCUCGUGUCAUGGUGCAAAAGCUGGCAGUGUCGUGGCAUGAAAGUGUUCUUACUUGGCGAGGCCUUUGAGAUCGUUAUUUAAUAUUGUACACGUUUUAAUCAUUAAUUUAUUGCAGUUUGUAAAUUUUCUUGUGCUUAUAGUUAGUGGUGUGAGCUUUAAUUUAUUGGAUUGGUUUGUUGGUACCUGUACAGACACACACGUGUGCUUAGUAAGUCACUAUAAGUCAUCCUAUAGGAGGGAUAUUUAAGAAAUCGUAGCAUGCAGGCAGAGAUACAGGCCAUAUUCAGGUGGAGAGAUGGACAAUGUAUGCCUUUGUUCUCACUUUUCCUUCCCUUAACACUGUCUUGAUGUUGAAGCUGCAAAAUGCUCGUUGAAAAGAGUCAGAAGCCAAUGCCAUGUGAGCACAGGGGAACUGCUUGGGUGGUGGUUUGCGUUGAAAUGCUUUUGCGUCUCCCACUGCAGCCACACAGUGCUCUGUGGUGCUGCUGACAUCAGAGGGCAGUGUGUGGAAGGAAGAACUGAUCAGAGGGAGGCGUCACACUGAACAUGAAGGUGACCAAAGGAGCUGGGGGAACAGGCAGGACUGAGAAGGCUGCAGUUGUGGUAACUGCCUGUGUGCUUCAGGUGGGCAGUGGUUGGGUACAGCUGCUGCUGGGGCCACAGCAGGAAAUCAUUAGAAGCAUUAUGAAACAACAAAAUAAGGUGAAUAAAUGAAUCGGUAUUUGGUUGAAAUAUUCCUUCUCAACUUAACCUGAGGUACUGUUGUGUUUAUCCCAGGCAGAGGAGAUCCUCUGCUGUGCAGCACAGACUAAACAAAGGGUUGUUGCUGCUGCAUUAAGUGCCAGUGGAAAAGAGCUUUGGGCACGUGCACUUGUGACUUACAGGGUGGCACAGCUCCUGCCUGCCUCCAGCUCUGCUCACUGUCUUUGUUACUCACGGUGCAUGGGGGCUUAUGAGGGUAGAUAUGAGGGCCUCAUCUUGCGGUGUUGCUUCCAACUAACGUAUACUUGCUUACCACAGGUGCACUGAAGAAGAGGUCUGUCACGUAUAUUGUAUGUGUAAAAGUUGUUGUUGACACUAGAGCAGUGUUGUCUUCUCCUUUUCUCACUAGCUGUUACUUUCCAGGGGCAGUUUUUGUUUUUGAGCCAAAUUAACGGCGCUCACCAUCCCAAUGACAAACACCUGAAAUAUCAAAUAGUGUUUCCCAGAGCAGAGUCUUACUUAACUAGACAGCUGAGUGUAAUAUUAUUUAACUAUGCAAUUUUGUCACUCCUGUAGUGCUGUCCCUGUGGCUUAGUGGGUGUCAUUCAAUAAGAUACAGCUCUCCGCUCACAGUGCACAGAAGAAUUUCCAACAUGUACUAUAUAUUUGGGUUUCAGGUUUUCCUCUGCUGAGGAAACUAAACAUUUUAUCUGUUUAAAAGCUUUAAAUAAAGAUGUUCAUAUCCUC